AUGGGCAGUCAGAGUCUGACGUUAGAUCCAGAGCCGCAGGGCAUCCAUAGAGAGGAUAGCCAAGGGCCUGAAGCAGAACAGAACCCGGUACGGGUGAAACUGGACAUCGAGCAUGCAGAAGUGACCGACGAUCCACGCAAAUGGUCAAGAACUCGUAAAUACGUCAUAGUCGUCAUUAUAUCUGUGGCGUGCAUGAUCAAUGGGUUCGGCGCGAACAUAUACAAUCCCGCAAUUGCACAGAUAGAGUCUGAUCUACAUGCGACGCCCGGUCAGCUAAGUCUGACGCUCUCCCUGUUCACUGUGAUCCAGGGCGGGUUUCCCAUAAUAUGGAGCUCCAUUAGUGAGAUACAAGGCCGAAAGGCUGUAUAUCUGGUAUCCAUAUCCCUACACAUGCUGGGCUGCAUUGUAGCGGCUACGUCGAAGACGAUCAGCGUCCUCAUUGGCAUGCGUUGUGUGCAGGCUGCAGGAUCGAGUGCCGUCCUAUCCAUCGGUGCAGCGACGUUGGCCGAUAUCUUCGAGCCUGCUGAGCGAGGUACGAUGAUGGGGAUAUACUAUAGUGCUCCUUCACUCGGUCCCUCACUCGGCCCAAUUCUAGGUGGCCUACUGACUCAGGGCUUCAACUGGCGCGCAACAUUUUGGUUCCUCACGAUUUUCUCCGGGUUGUGCCUUGUCUCCUUCGUGUUCUUCCGCGAUACCUUCCGACGGGAACGUAGCUUUGCGUAUCAGAUAGCGCUGAAGCGCGUGCUCGAGCGAGAGGCGAAGAAGGCCGCUGCCGGGGCUGCACGGUCCUCUGUCCCUGAGAAGACCGCAGACUCGGCCAACGUACAGACUACAGUUGUACCGGGAAGUGACCGGGACUCGGAGGGAACGGACGCUGUACAACACAGCGAGGAAUCGGAUGUUACUGACAGGGAUGUUGAGGCACAAGCCACGUUGCCUGCGACAGCGAUCUCUGAAGCCGUGAAAGAGGCCAGGCUGUCGUUGAGGGACGUGAGCCCAGUUGGUCCGAUGAUCCGUGUCUUCCACCGGCCGAACAAUAUCGUGAUUUUCUGCUCCUCGGCCAUCCUCUUCGCCUCCAACUUCAGCCUCACGUAUACCGCCGCGCGGACCUUGGCCAACGAAUAUCACUAUGAUGCUCUCGACACCGGCUUAGUUCUCUUGGCGUAUGGCAUAGGCUGCGUAUUGGGUAGCGUGCUCGGCGGCCGGUACUCGGACCACAUCUUCACCAAGGUGAAAGCCAGGCAUGACGGAAAGAGCCAACCGGAGGCACGCUCGUUCCACAUUAUGCGCCUCCAGAGCACAUUUCUGUUCAUGCCGCUCCUCCCGGCUUCCAUGAUUGCAUACGGCUGGGUGUGUGAAGAACAUGUGCAUGUGGCGUCCAUCUGCGUGAUGCUGUUCCUAGUAGGGUUCUCCCAGAUAUCCAUCUACUCGAGCACGCUCGCAUAUAUCGUGGAUUCCAACGUCGGGCGAUCUUCAUCGGCGAUCGCCACCAAUAGCUUUGUCCGAGGACUAACGGCCUUUGUUGCUACCGAGGUUGCUGUGCCACUACAGAACGCAAUGGGCGACGGCGGGUUAUACUCGCUGUGGGGCGGCUUGACCCUCGUCUGCGACUUGUUGAUCAUCCUGGUAUGGUGGAAGGGAGGCCGGUGGCGGGAGAAGGCGAUCGCAAAUGAGGCUCACAAGUCUGGGAUGACCGAGCAUGCUUGAUUGUCGGCAUCCCAAGCAGCCUCGCUUCCUGCAGUGCAAAAGUGACUCGACCGACGAGAUACCGUCUCCGGCUCUGGAUAGUAGCGCUCUAGAUGAUAGGAUUUGACGUUCUGUUCCUCUACGAGGUAGCGGCCACUCCAAAAUCGUGGCCCGGGAUUCAGGCGCAGCCCUUGGUGGAGAUAGGUGGAGAUAACAUAACUUUGGACACGCGUUGUCUCACACGGCCGGAAACCGACCCUCCCGGCGGCGGCGUCGUCAGCGCCAACGACUUAGGUAGCCUCAUCACUAGCUAGGACUGUUGUGCUUGAAUCCAUACCAAAUCCGACAUCGACGCCUCUAUCCCCCGAGUGUUCGCCUACUGCACCCUGUCCACAUGGUAAUGGCCUCACCAUCGCAGAUCGUAG